AUGUCUUCAAAUGUUUUGACACCACAAGAACUCGAAGAUUCUGAAAAAAUGUGGAUUUCGCAUGUUCAAAGAAACAAAUUUAGUGACGUAUUUGAGUCAAUUGCCGAAAAGAAGAAGAACAAUUUACAGUUUCAGCUUGGUAUUUACAUUGAUAGCAACGGUCUACUACGAUGCAAAGGUCGUCUUGAAAACGCUGAAUUAACUGAAUCUGCACGGUCUCCAUUACUCCUACCACGAAAUGAUAGGUUCACCAAUUUGGUAAUUGAACGGGAGCAUAAACAAAUGAUGCACAGUGGUGUGUCUCAGACAUUAAGUAGGAUAAGGAACAGUUAUUGGAUACCACAUGGUAGAGCAACAUUAAAAAGAGUUCUUAAUAUGUGUUUAGUUUGUCGACGAACAGAAGGAGGACCAUACAAAAUGCCUCCAAUGGCUCCAUUGCCACGUUCACGUGUUUCCUUAUCUUCUCCUUUUACACGGUUUAUUGCUUGCAGAGGGAAACCAAAUGAAAUUGUUUGCGAUAAUGCACUACAUUUCAAAGUAACAAGUCAAACAACUGAAUUAGUGUGGAACAAAGUUUUGAGAAGUGAUGAUAUUCAGAACUACUGUUCAAAUGAAGGAAUAAAGUGGCAUUUCAUAGUGAAAGUUGCUCCAUGGAUGGGCGGCUUUAUGAACGCUUAG